AUGAAGUUCGCGCAGUUUGUGAUGGGACCGGCCGGAUGUGGCAAGUCCACAUAUUGCGCCAUCAUCCAGGAACACUUCAAAGUGGCCAUGCGCAGAACCUGCAGGGUGGUGAACUUGGAUCCUGCAGCCGAGAACUUCCUCUACGACUGCUAUGUCGAUGUGCGAGAUCUCAUCUCUGUGGAUGACGUCAUGGAGGAACUUGACUAUGGCCCCAAUGGAGGGCUGGUCUUUGCCAUGGAGUACUUGUCGGAGAACAUGAAUUGGUUGGAGGAACAGAUCGCUGACGCCUUGGAUGAUGACUACUACAUCUUCGAUUGUCCAGGGCAGAUUGAGCUUUAUUCUCACCUGCCGGUAAUGCGAGAUUUGGUGGAUAUGCUGCAGAAUGAGGACUUCCGAGUGGCGGGGGUCUAUUGCAUCGAUGUCAAUUUCAUUGAGGACGCAUCAAAGUUUCUGUCCGGGGCUCUGUCAGCUUUGACAGCCAUGGUGAACUUGGAACUGCCACACAUCAAUGUAUUGACCAAAUGCGAUUUGCUUCCUCCAGGGGCAGAUGUGGAGAGAUACACCGAUGGGGACACGCAGGCCAUUUUGGCGGAUCUGCGAAAGUCGACCCAUCCAAGGUUUCGACUGCUCAACGAAGCAUUCUGCCAGCUGCUGGAGGACUAUUCCUUGGUCAGCUUUGUGAUGCUGAAUCGCGAAGAUGAGGAUUCCAUCGAGUUGUGCCUCGCCCAUGUGAACCAUUGCAUCCAAUACGGCGAGAACUUAGAGCCCAAAGGCAACUUUGACCUGCCAGAUGAGAUGGGCGAGGGAUUUGAGGGAUUCGAAGGAUUCGAAGGGUUUGGAUAG